CAAGAAGAACACGUGCCAUACACUGCCUGUGGGAAGUGUGUACGGAUGACUUUUUGCACAAGUGCAGUCUUCUUCUGGAUUCUUUUGAUUAUUGCUUCAGUUAUUGGAAUCAUUGUCUACAGGCUCUCAGUUUUCCUGGUGUUUUCUGCAAGGUUGACACAGCACAUUAGUGGAAAGGAGGUGAUCCGCAAGUACCUGACUCCACAGACAGCCACUUCAGUAACUGCUUCGAUCAUCAGCUUUGUAGUCAUUAUGCUUCUCAACAUUGUCUAUGAAAAAGUGGCAAUCCUGAUUACAGACUUCGAGCUUCCAAGGACACAGACCGAUUAUGAAAACAGUCUGACCACAAAGAUGUUCUUGUUCCAGUUUGUCAACUACUAUUCUUCAUGCUUCUACAUAGCCUUCUUUAAGGGUAAAUUUGUAGGUCACCCUGGAAAUCCAGUUUAUUGGUUAGGAAAGUAUCGCACUGAAGAGUGUGAUCCAGGCGGAUGUCUCCUCGAACUCACAACUCAACUUGCCAUCAUAGUAGGAGGUAAAGCAAUCUGGAACAACAUUCAAGAAGUGCUUCUUCCUUGGGUGAAGAAUCUAAUCGGAAGAUACUGUGCAGCUGCUAGAUCAGAAAAAGUUGUUCCACGCUGGGAACAGGACUACCAUCUGCAGCCCAUUGGAAAACUUGGACUGUUUUAUGAAUAUCUUGAAAUGGUUAUACAGUUUGGCUUUGUUACUCUGUUUGUGGCCUCAUUUCCCCUGGCUCCUCUUCUGGCUCUUAUUAACAACAUGUUGGAAGUCCGGUUGGAUGCAUGGAAGCUGACAACCCAGUUCAGGCGCAUGGUUCCACAGAAGGCACAAGACAUCGGCGCCUGGCAGCCCAUCCUGCAAGGCAUAGCCAUUCUGGCGGUGGUCACCAAUGCUAUGAUAAUUGCUUUUACAUCUGAUAUGAUUCCUCGUCUGGUUUAUUACUGGUCCUUUUCCGUCCCUCCUUACGGGAGUCACAGCAGUCACACUAUGAAAGGGUAUAUAAACAGUACACUUUCUGUCUUCAAUAUAUCAGACUUCAAGAAUGCAAGCAAGCCAUUUUCCCCUGGUCUUGGGAACCAAAAAACAUGCAGAUACCGGGAUCUCCGCUACCCUCCUGGUCACCAGCACCAAUAUGAGCAUAACAUAUACUACUGGCAUGUCAUUGCAGCCAAGCUGGCUUUCAUCAUUGUAAUGGAGCAUAUCAUAUACUUUGUGAAGUUUAUUAUUGCAUACAUAAUUCCGGAUGUAUCAGAAAAGACCAAGAGCAAGGUCAAACGAGAGAAGUACCUAACACAGAAACUCUUGCAUGAGAACGAUCUCAAAGUUGUGGAAAAAACCAUGGGGAAAAUAGCCAACAAAAUUAUCAAAGGAGUAGACAGCACUUUCCGACCUAAAGCUGAAUAA